CUCUGAGUGCUCAUGAUGGACUUCUCAGUGAAUUUGACUUUAAAUGCUUUGGCCUGCUGCCAUCAUGGGAAAACUGGAGCCGAACACUCAAUAACUUGAAGUUCCUUACAUGAAAAAUGACUCUGAUCAUAGAAACAAUAUCUGCGGCUUUAAAACAGUUUCAUAUCCACUUUUCACAGCCGUCAUGUACUUAAUAUACUUCAUACAGCUGAACCACUUUGAGGUUUUCAGGUUGAGGAAUGAGGAAGUCCCCACUUCCUCGUGGUUAUAGCCGCACUGAAAACAGAUACACAGGGUGGUUCAGACGUGCAUACUCCUCGCAGGAUGGAUUGUAAUAACCUUAAUGAACGUCUGCCUUGUUAGCAUGCUAACACAACAAACCAACACUGUGUACUUAGCAAAUACUCUGCCUGCUAAACAUCAGCAUGUCCGUGUUUAUUCACCAAAAAGAGACCAUGUAAAUUAGUGUAUAAGCUUCAGCUAAGAAUCUUUGUGCUUUUCUUAGCUUAGAAUGAGCCUCUUGUGUCUGUUGCUCUGCAGUGUUGCUGUACUGUUCUAUUAUUCCGUCACUUCUCUGCAGGUUUACUCGGAGGUGGACAGGGUGCGAGGCCUAUGGCGAAUAAAGUCCCGAGGCCUUGUAAGAUGAGCGCGAGCUUUCCACUCGCAGUGAAAGAGAGGAAAAAACUUGACAGUCCACCUCAUGUCCCUGCAGACGAGCUGUCCACAGACAUAGUGAUCCAGGUGAUCAGUAACAUGACCCAGACCAUCAGACAGCACUUCCCCAACCUGACGGUCUAUCCUGCCCUGGGAAACCAUGACUACUGGCCUCAGGACCAGAUGCCCUCCCACACGAACGCCAUCUAUAAAGCUGCGGCCCAGCUGUGGAAACCGUGGCUGCAGCCUGAAGCUCUGCUCACACUCUCACAAGGUGGUUUCUACUCCCAGCUGGUAAAGCCCGGUUUGCGAGUGGUUAGUCUCAACACUAUCCUCUACUACGGUCCAAAUGAAGUCACCAGUAACAUGACAGACCCUGCGGGACAGUUUGAGUGGCUGGAGAAAACCCUGCAGAAAGCUGCUCAGAGCCUGGAGAAGGUGUACAUCAUAGCUCAUGUACCGAUCGGCUAUCUGCCAUUUGUCAGAAACACCACUGCUAUAAGGAAGAGCCAAAAUGAGCGGCUGGUCGCCAUCUGCAGGAAGUACAGCCAAGUCAUCGCUGGACAUUUCUAUGGCCACACCCACCGUGACAGCAUCAUGGUGCUGCUGGACCAACAAGGUAAACCAGUGAACUCACUGUUUGUGUCGCCGGCUGUUACACCAAUCAAAAACGUUAUGGAGCCCUACUCUAACAACCCAGCUUUCCGCAUGUACUUGUACAACACUAAGGACUUCGCUCUGCUGGAUAUCUGGCAGUACUUUUUGAAUCUGACGGAAGCCAACGAGAAACAAAGGUCUGACUGGAGGCUUGAAUAUAUCAUGACUGAGGCUUUUGGACUGACUGACCUGCAGCCACAAAGCCUCCUGCAGCUGGGCCUGAGCUUCAGGCUGCCGCAGGCCAAAGCCUUCGACAAGUACUUCACUCACUUCAUGGUCAGCUACAACAGCAGCAUCACCUGUGAGGGGCGCUGCAAGGUCAGCCAGGUGUGUGCUGUGCUUUACCUGGACCAGCCGUCCUACUCCAAGUGUGUGGCGAGGGGAGGAUGGUAACGAGGGUCCAACAUGAAGGCUUCUGGGAGGAUUUGUCUCAGGGAUCUCAUUCAGUUUUUGAUCAAAAGUGAUCAUCUUAUUUUUUUACUCUGCUGGAAUCAUGAAAAGGGGAAUGUUUCGCACCGGCUCUGCUGCUGCAUGAUAGUGAUCCAACUGUUGCAUGUGUUUUUAUACGUAAGAUCUUCACUCAAGAUUUUUCUUUCUGGCAUCAAAAGUACAAAUUGCACAAUUUAAUAAAUAUUUUGAAAAAGACUAAAUGCACUGAUAAAAUGUGAGAAAAUACUUCUUGAUUAUACUGAACUGCAGCCCUCAAAGUCUUGAAAGUCCUUCUUUCUGAGCGAAGAUUGAAGGAUUCGUGAGGGAUUUCUCAGCGUUUUUGACUUUAAAAUGAUUUAUUUUUAAGUGAAUUAUUUUGUUACCAAAUAAUUGCAUCAGGGAGAGGUUUAUCCAACUGGCUCACUUUAUUCUGAGCUGGUUCCUCAUCAGGUGACAUUUGUUUGAAGAUGUUGUCUACUGCAGUCCAGAAUACACGAAGAACAAGUCCAAGAUGAGUCAGAAUUUGAAUAAAGUAAAAAUAUAAAGCACUGAUGCAGUGUUUAAAAAGUGUUAAAGCUGUCAUGCUUGUUGCAGGAAAGUUUUUUGGGAAGAACGAAUAAAGAGUCAACGGACAAUCAAAAGUUUAUAGAAGGAUUUGUUUUGAUACAUAAAUAUAUAGAUAACUCGCUGAAAAUGGAGAAAGUCCGCCGAUACAAGGCACGUCUGUGUUGCAGCUGACCUGCUGUCUCGUAGCAUAUGAGAAGUUUUUCACCUGAAAUGUGUUCCACGGGAUGCGUUGAAGCUCCUCCCUCCUCAUCACACACCUUUAUUCCCUGUAUGCCUUCUUGCUCUGAUGGAUUACACCUCAUCACUGGACGGAUCUGAUUGCUGCCAGAUGUCGAGCAUCUCUCGAGCUGGUGGCUUUGAGUAAUCAUGAAUACUGAACGUGUUUAAGUCGGCGCAAAAAGGCAGCUCGCGCGACUUUCUCUGAUGUUGCUAUUCAAUGUGUUUCUGAUUGCAGCAGGUCGCCCAACGUCACAUUUAAUUAGAUACAAAGAGUUCAUGAUGAAUGACCAAAAAUACUUUAUUUUUUGUCAGAAGGAUAAAAACAUAUUUUGAUGUGUAAAUACUGAAAAGUAGAUUUUAUCCAAUGAUAACCAGCAUGAGGUAAUCGCUGGGUCUGAGUCUCCAAUAGCCUUAGAGCUCCUGACAAAUGCUGUUCAUGUCCACAUCACUGAAACACCUUUGUAUAUUUGAUAUGUAUACAUUGAUGUGAUGAUAUGAGCAGUGAAAUUAGAGCCAAGAACAAAAUGAUGUUUGCUUAUUUUUCUACUGAAUAAAAUCUGUCUAAAUAAAA